AUGCGUGUCAUCGUCAUCGGAUGCUGCAGCGAGGAGCUAGACAAGUUGCUAGAUUUGCCCAGAUUGGCUAUUUCUGCUCAAACUGUUUCAGGGCGGAAACUCAUCCCAGACUUCGCCGCCGUCACCGCACCAAUGGUUGACCUUACGAAGAAAAACGCAGUGAAGUUGGUAGCGUAACGCUGGGGUCCGAAACAUGUGAAGAACUUGCCGAAGUGAAACGAUUACUCACCAACCUCCUUUUUUGCAUUUUCCGGAUUUCUCCAAAGAGAGUUUGUUAUCCACGUAGACGCAUCUGAAGUGGGAGCAGGAGCAUUCCUGGCACAACAGAAUGGCGAUGACGUGAGUAUCGUAGCAUACUUUAGCCAGCGAUUCAACGAAAGCCAGCAACACUACUCUGCCACC